AUGAAGCUAGCGCUUGAGACUCUUCAGCAAGAGAAGGAAGAUUUGCAACAAAAGCUCAGGGCGAGCCAAAAGGAGGUUCUCAGGUUGGAACUUCGAGACGAGGACGAAAUCAAAGCAAUGGAAGCCAAUCAAAACGUUCUGCUUAGACGCGAGAAUGAUGAGUUGAGGAAGAUAGCAUUGGCGGCUCUGCGGCAGAAUCCACAGGCCCAACGCAAGAGAACGAGUAGCAACAAGAUGCAGAGGACAAGUCUUGGCCUUUCCGAGGCCCAGGAAAGCAAGUGGCUCCAACCUCCUGUGAAAUCCAAGGCCAAACUGGAUCAGGUGGCCAUGGAUGAUCUCGAAAUGGAGCAACUGCCAGCAGAUUCACUGUUCAAAGCAGCCGUGUGUGCACCUGCUGGUCAUGCCGGAGGCUCCCACGGCCUCAGGCGAAUACGCAGCCAAAGUGAUAGCUGCAUCGCAACCUUUGAGGCACAUCGUGGACAAAUCUACAAGAGAAAAAUUGCCGAGGCAGGGAGAGGAGAAGCUGGCCCACAGGUACUUGCCUCACCCUGUGGCAGCGCGAAAGCCAAGGUCACUUCGGCCACUCCAAGUGUGGUUAGACUGAAGCCGAGUGGCAAAGCAAACAGAUAUGCUCCCGAUCCCGGAUCUUGCCGAUCUUCCGAGUCACGUUCUACUUGGAGAGGGCCAAACUUGCCCAGCGAACUGAACGACACACCGGGGAAGCUUGAAACUCGCUGGGCCACGGCAUCUGUGUACACAGCUGCAGCAGUCAAUGCUGACUCGAAUGGCUGGGGUGCUACUGCAACAGCUGCAGAAGCUGUUGCCACAAAGUGGCGAGAAAAAGAAGUUGGUUUGCCGGAUGACUCCUCACCGCAGAAUGCGACAAUCCAGCCGCUGAUCGACGAUGUGAAGGUGGCCAAUAUGAAUGAGCGCGCAGCAAAUGGAGCCUUUGUGCUUGAACCGGGUCAACAGGUGCCAGAGCUGCAGUGCGUCGACGAGAUCGAGAGUGUGGCCACUGCCAGCAGCGAGAGCUUGGCCAAGGAGGACAAUGAGCUGCGGGAGUUUUUCACUUGUGGAGCAUUUGCAAGUGGUAGCCGUCUAGAUCACUGUUGUCCAGUUUACAGACUUAUUGAUGAUGGCAGUAUGAGUGGACUUGGAGAUGCAGUGCCACUAUAUCGUCACACAAUAUCUGAUUGCCUGCUGCUGGGCUUUCCUGUGAGCCUGUUAGCACCGCAAACCUCACUAGAGGACAUUCGGCUCUUUUUUUGCCGCGGGCCCUUGCCUGUAAUGCGGCGAUUUGGUCAAGGUGCUUUGGGAUGCAUGGAGAUUCUGCUUGAGCUCUUUGGAGAUGCCGACAGCAUUGGGGGCAAGCAGAAAGGUGAGUUCUAUGUGCUUUCCGAAGGUCCGGGGUAUGGGAACUGUGAAAGUUCAGGAAGCACUGGGUCGCUUUGCUACCUUCCAAUCCUGGUCGCGAGACAAUACUCACGGAGUUGUACGCCGCCUGUGUUUGUCAAGUGGACAAGCGCAGGACCCAAGCUCGCUGCUUCAUAA